UUCUGCUGCAUGUUUCAAUUUCAGUCGUUCUUCUCUCAGUUAUGAGAUCAGAGACAGGAUGAGAGGCCAACAACUGUUCCAGGCAAAUGCAGUUUAGAACUUUGCUGGAUCCCCCUGAACGCCUCACUUUGCACAAGCUUCAAGCGGUGGCAGUCAGAAGCUCCUCAACUCACAGCGCGGCGAAGAGCAACUGAAGCAACGUCCCUCAUCUGCACGAAAAAGCUUCUUUCUCUACAUCAUGGAGGGGAAACAAACCAUCAACUUUGGAGCUGGACCUGCCAAACUACCUCAGUCUGUGCUGCUUCAAGCUCAGAAGGAGCUUCUUAGCUACAGUGGCCUUGGGAUCAGCGUUCUUGAGAUGAGCCAUCGAUCAGCAGAUUUCAACAAAAUCAUCAACAAGACAGAGAGUCUGCUUCGAGAAUUGUUAGAUAUCCCAAUCAACUACAAGGUGUUGUUUCUGCAGGGCGGUGGCUCUGGACAGUUCAGUGGCGUUCCUCUCAACCUGAUAGGUCUAAAGGAGGACAGGUGCGCCGACUACCUGGUGACCGGCACGUGGUCAGCUAAAGCUGCAAAAGAAGCAGAGAAAUAUGGCAAAGUCAACAUCAUCCACCCGAAACUGGACAGUUACACGAAAAUUCCCGACCCCAGCAGCUGGACCCUGAACCCGUCCGCAUCGUAUGUGUACUACUGCUGCAACGAGACGGUCCACGGUGUCGAGUUCAACUUCACGCCUGAAACCAACGGCGUUGUCCUCGUCAGCGACAUGUCCUCCAACUUCCUGUCGCGGCCCGUAGAUGUAUCAAAGUUUGGGGUCAUUUAUGCCGGCGCCCAGAAGAACGUAGGUUGUGCCGGUGUUACAGUGGUCAUUGUGCGAGAAGAUCUGUUGGGCCAUGCCCUGAAGGAGUGCCCCAUUGUGCUGGACUACAAGAUGCAGGCUGAAAUGAACUCCCUCUACAACACUCCUCCAUGUUUCAGCAUCUACAUCAUGAGUCUGGUUCUGGAAUGGAUCAAGAAUAACGGAGGUAGCGCUGCCAUGGAAUCGCUCAACAAGCAGAAGUCCUCCAUGAUUUAUGACAUCAUCAACUCUUCAAAUGGAUUUUAUGUAUGUCCUGUGGACGUUGCGUGUCGGAGCCGCAUGAACGUGCCUUUUCGUGUUGGGAAAAAAGAAGGAGAUGAGUCUUUGGAGAAGAAGUUUCUGGAGGGUGCAGCCAAGCAUGGAAUGAUUUCACUGAAAGGACACAGGUCAGUGGGUGGAAUUCGUGCGUCCUUGUACAACGCUGUAACUAUGGAGGACACUGCAGCCCUUGCAGACUACAUGAAAAGUUUCCUCAAAGAACACCAGUAAACCAGCAGCGUUUAAAAGCGCAAGCUGUCACUUGGUUUCGGAAGAUUUUCAAAGUACAUAUUGAAAAUUAAAUAUUUUGAAAACAGUUAUUAAUUAUUCCUAAUGGAUUAAGCCCACUAGUACCAAAUUAGUCUUAAAUGUAUAUGUUUUAGGUAGCAGUUUGUUUUAUUUUUGUUGACUAAUAUUCUUGUACUUAUGUUUUAAUGAAUUUGUUUUGGGAAUUCCCUUCACUACAUGGCUUUAAGACUAAAUUAGUUGUCUUUGCUGACUUUCUAAUUGUAAUUGCUGCAAAAUCCUUAAGGCUGCAUUAGGUAGGAUUGAUAAAAAUGUUUUUUCCAUACUUCUUGAAAUAUAAUAAAGACAUUGGAAAAAAAAUCAAGCAUGCACAAAAACCUAGGUA